AUGCGCGGCGGCGGCGGCGGGAACGGCAGCGAGGGCGAGCCGUGGCCGUGGCCGUGGCCGCCCUGCGACGAGCGGCUGUGCCCGGCGGUGCCCCUGUGGGUGCUCGUUCCCAUCACGGCCAUCUGCCUGGCGCUCUUCGUGCUCGGAGUGGCGGGCAACGUCCUCACGGUGCUGGUCAUCCGCAGCUACCGCGACAUGAAGACCACCACCAACCUGUACCUGGGCAGCAUGGCCGUCUCGGACCUGCUCAUCCUCCUGGGGCUGCCCUUCGACCUCUACCGCCUCUGGCGCUCCCGGCCCUGGAUCUUCGGGCAGCUGCUGUGCCGCCUCUCCCACUACCUCAGUGAGGGCUGCACCUACUGCACCCUCCUCCACAUCACCGCCCUCACCGUGGAGCGCUACCUCGCCAUCUGCUUCCCCCUCAAGGCCAAGGUGGUCGUCACCAAGCGCCGGGUGAAGGCCAUCGUCGGCGUCCUCUGGGCCUUCGCCCUCCUCUCCGCCAGCCCCUUCUUCUUCCUCGUCGGCGUGGAGCAGCCCGACAACCACACCGCCUUCAGCCGCGAGUGCAAGCCCAACCCGCAGGCCUUGCAGUCCGGCCUGCUGGCCACCAUGUUCUGGGUCACCACCUCCUACUUCGUCCUGCCCGUCAUCUGCCUCGGCGUCCUCUACGGCUUCAUCGGCCGGGAGCUGUGGCGGAGCAACACCCGCCUGCGGGGCCCCGGCUCGGUCCUCCGGCAGAAGGGGCACCGCCAGACAGUCAGGAUCUUGGCUGUGGUGUUUCUGGCCUUUGUAAUUUGCUGGUUGCCUUUCCACAUUGGCAGGAUCAUAUUUAUAAACACCCGAGACGUGAGGACGAUGCUGUUCUCCCAGUACUUUAACAUAUUUGCUCUGCAGCUUUUCUACCUGAGCGCAUCCAUCAACCCUGUCCUCUACAACCUCAUGUCAAAGAAGUACAGGGCGGCAGCCUACAAGCUGCUGUUGCCGCGCCGAGCUGCGGAAAGGGCUUACACGGUAACAAAAGAUGCUAGUGGCUACACAGAGACCAGCGCCAGCACAAGGAACGAGUACACCACCAGCUUCUGAGGCUGCAACCUGCACUUUUUUCAGGCGUUCUUGCCUGAGGAAGGAAACUUCCUUUUCACAGGAGAGUUGUAAAAGGAUGGACGUUUGUUAGGGCGUGUGGUAUUUCAUAAUUGUUUGUGUUUUGGAAUAUACAGGUAUUUGUGAAUACCUGUAUUUUUGUUAACGGAGCAAGCGGGCACCAUAAAGUAGGUGCAACUCGUUCAACUCAUGAAAGACGAGGAACAGUAAAUUGCCAGUAAAACUGUGGGUUUACUUUAUCUGUGUUGUUCGUUGCAUAUCUUCUGUGCAAUUUCUAAUAUUUUCUAAAAAUCAUAACAUUGAGGACUGCAAAGGAGCACUUGUUGGGUUCAGCAAUGGGCAAAACUCCCAGACUGCCUUUGCCAUUUUCAAAUGGUUUUCUUAUAAAUGAGAUUGUACAAAACACCAUCUCAUGGAGACGGACACAAAAAAAAAAAUCACCCUCCAACUUAAACAGCCCAGGAAGAAGAGGUAUAUGUUUUCAGUACCUGGUCUUGUAAUCAUGAAGGGUACUUUCCUGGGCAGUUUCAGUAACUCUUCCCUCAAGAAAGCAUCUGCACUGCACAGCAGCCUCUGGGCUUAACCCUUUUGGUCUGCUCCAUGUGAUCAAAGAAAGUUUCAUGUUUAUAUGCUAGCAGCCAGUCCUCUGUAUUUGUAAAAGUUCAGAUAUUCCAGAUCAUUUCCUUGUGAUAGAUGUGUAGUGUAUGGCAGAUGUUAGUGCUCUGUGUCCACUGUGUCCUGUUGUGUACUGUGUGUGCAAAUAAUACACCAAGUUAACCCAUCUUGCCACAAAGGAGACCCGUCACCAAACAUGCUGGACUAUGCCCAGGACUUACUGCUGUGUAGCGCUGCACUGCAAGUCAAGAGCCAACCCACUAAUUCUGCUCCAAAAGAUUUUAAAUGCAAACUUCAGCUGUACAAUUUAGGAAGGAGGCUGGUUGUGAGAAAAAGCUAGAAGGAGCUGCAGCACUGAUUUCUCUGGAGGAUUGUCGCAUCUGUGCAUCUUACCUGGCUGUAGUGAUGUAAAUCUGGACCAGAAUCUCUGAAGUGGGACUGUUCUUACAGGAGCAUCACUGAUGGUAUGUCAACAUUUGCACUUGGUUCUCUGUUUACUCCUCUUCCAGGUAGUUGUAGAAAGUGAUACGGUCCCCCCUGAGCUUCCUUUUCCCCAGGCUAAACAAUUCCAGCUCCCUCAGCCAUUCCUCGUAUGACUUACUGUCUAGACCCUUCCCCAGCUUCACUGCCCUUCUCUCCAUUGAAGUGCUCCAGCACCUCAGUGUCCUUCCUGAACUGAGGGGCCCAGAACGGGGCACAGUACGCAAGGUGUGUCCUCACCAGUGCCGAGUACAAGGGAACACUGCCCUGGUCCUGCUGGCCCCGCUACUGCUGAUACAGGCCAGGAUGCCAUUGGCCUUUUCGGCCACCUGGGCACACUGCUGGCUCAUGUUCAGCUGCUGUCAACCACCACCUACAGGUCCUUUUCCGCUGGGCCACUUUCCAGCCACUCUUUCCCCAGCCUGUAGCACUGGGCUAUGAUAUAGGAUCAUGGGGUUGUUGUGGCCCAAGUGCAGGACCCAGCACUUGGCCUAUUGAGCCUCAUAUAACCCGCCUCAGCCCACUGAUCCAGCCUGUCCAAAUCAAUUCAACAGAAUUCAACAGCUAGCUCAGAGAUCUCAGGAUGGCAGAAUUGAACCCAAGCCUUUUCCAGGUUUUAAAAAUAUGACCAGUUCUCCAAACAAUCUGUAACUCUGAGUCACCAAAUAAAAAAAAAAAAUCUAAAGACAGAAAAAGUUUCCUAUCUCACUGAAUACAUAUUAAGCUUUCUUUUUUUUCUUUUGUCAGCUUCAUACUGUUGGAGAUCAGUUGUCUGCAGGGCUUGGCUUGGUUUGCUUUUGCUGCAGGGUGUCAUUAAAAUGUUAAGUUAUCAUAAAAGAACAGCUGUUAUUUUGUGGGUUUUUUUAGACAAGUUAUUACUAACAGUAAUCUUUGUAAAUGUAUGUAGGCCAA